CCAUCCAUUAAUUCUCAAGGGGAAAUACAAGAAAUAACACUUCCCACGAGGGACAAGAGCGUAAGAUUUCCCUGAGUAGAAAUGCUUGCUUUCGGAACCUGCCUCGUGCCUUCCUCCAACAGUGGGGCCCUUCGCUGGUGCGUGGGCCCCAUCACAUGCCCUCUCACAUCGUCACACGGCCACCGUGUAUAUAAGGAGUGGCCUCACACCCAUUUGCUGACCCACACCUUCUAUCCUACUUAAUUAAAACCUUCGCCCAUUUACCAGUCCCAGUGAGGCCUCUCCCCCCGACGACGACUUCGACGAGGUACGUACCGGCGGCCAUCAUGUGUGGUAGAGUGCCCCUUGCGAACCGCAAGAUUUCUGAGGUAACGCGGAACGUGAUGGAGGUGACGGUGUUGCCCGAGAAGAAGAAGCCCGUGCGGGGCAGCCGCGGGGACCGAUGCUUCACAAUGCGUGGACGGCGCAAGGGACUCGGGAUGGACAAUGACGAGGAGGACUUCGAGGCUGACUUCGGGGACUCUAACAUGAAGGUGGUGCGCGGUGGGGUAGCUCAGAAGGAUGAUGGCGACGAAUCCCUCUCCCAAGAUGACUUAAGCACCAUGCAUACUGCUGAUUUUGAUGGUCCUUCAGAAAUGCCAAAAAGAAGAAAGAGAAAAAACCAAUUCCAGGGUAUCCGUCUAUGCCCCUUCGGUAAGUGGGCUGCUGAAAUCACACAUCCUACCGAGGAUGUACAUGCUUGGCUCGGUACUUUCAAUAGUGCUGAAGAAGCUGCAAGAGGUUAUUAUGUUGAAGCACGGAUGAUACAUGGAAAGAAGGCCAAGGUUAACUUUACAAAGAAACCAACAAGAUCAGCUGACUUCGCAUCAAACCAACCACUUGUUCCCGCAAUGAACUCAGUUGCCCCUGUUGAAGCUCCUGUUAUGGAUAUGUACUGUGACCAGGGAAGCAACUCUUUUGGCUCCUCUGACUUGGGCUGGGAGUAUGACGCCAAAACUCCAGAUAUAUCAUCCAUUGCUCCCACUUCUACCAUUGCUGAAGGAGCAGAAUCUGCGCCCCUCAAGAACAAUACCUACAACUCUAUGGUUCCUCAUGUUAUGGAGAAUAAUGCUGUCAAUUUUCGACCUUGGAUGAGAUAUCUUCUGGAUGACAGCGUGGAUAAGCUGAUUGAUAGCCUUCUGAAUUUUGGCAUGCCCUAGGAUACCAUUGUCAACAUGGACCUUUGGGGCUUCGAUGACAUGCCCAUCGGUGAUGAAUUUUUCUGAGGGAUUCAAACCCUGUAUACACUGACAAAGAGAAUAAAACUACGGGAGAUCAGGAAGCGCCCUAUUGUCACCUUCGGCUAGUGUGCUCAUGUCGAAGCUUAGAUGCAAAAAAUAGUUGCAUCCCGUGUCUCUUUUGUAAUCGAACCUUUCCCUAGUUGACUGUCUGUGUGGAAGGCAUUUAUGCUGAACAAUUGUCUUUAUGUUUUGUGAACUUUUAUGUCGUCAUUACCAUUUGUGAAUGUGAACAA